UAGGCGCCGAAGGGAACCAGACAGAAGGGGCCCUGCCCCCGCCCCCCAGCUAGUGGUUCUGGCCACAGACGACCACUGAGCAGGGUGCUGAUGGGCCUUGGGGGUGUUUAUGUCCACCCCUCGCUGACGACGUGACGAAGUCUAGCUGCACGGGCCCACCACCCAGUCUCCAUCUGCAGGGAGCAGCCCAAAGGAAGGUUCUGGGAGACACUGUAGCUGUGCCCUGGGUGGCUCAUGGGCAGCACGGGGGCUCCCGGGAGUGGUCAUGCUACAGUGUAGGCCUGCCCAGGAGUUCAGCUUCGGCCCCCGUGCACUGAAGGAUGCCCUGGUGUCCACCGAUGCAGCCUUGCGGCAGCUCUAUGCCACAGCCUUCUCCCCAGCAGAGCGGCUCUUCCUCGCUGAAGCCUACAACCCCCAGGGGACAAUCUUCUGCUCCCUGCAGAUCCGCACAGCCUCUGACUGGCUCCUGAGCCGCCCGGAGGCCCCCGAGGACUUCCAGGCCUUCUACCAGUCCCUGCUGCACCGGAAGCAGAGCCCAGGCCGGAAACACAUCUACCUACAGCCCAUAGAUCUGAGUGAGGGGCCGGUGGGAUGCCCACUGCUGGACAGUGUGCGGAGCUGCACCGAGGCCUUCUUCCUGGGCCUGAGGGUCAAGUGCCUCCCCUUGGUGGCGGCCACGUCCAUCCACUGCUCCUCACGCCCCAGGAGGGACUCAGACCGGCUCCAGUUCCACACAGACGGCGUACUCUCCUUCCUGAAGAGCCACAAGCCAGACGACGCGCUCUGCGUGCUGGGCCUCACGCUGUCGGACCUGUACCCCCGUGAGAGCUGGAGCUUCACCUUUAGCAAGUUCCUCCCCGGGCACGAGGUGGGUGUCUGCAGCUUUGCCCGGUUCUCAGGGGAGUUCCUGCAGCCGGAGCCUGGUUCCUCUGACCCUGUCCCAGCGGAGGUGGCUGUGGGGGACCCCAAAGCCCCUGUGCAGGAGAGGGGCCGGACACAGAGCUUCAGCACCCUGGGGAUGGUCCAGUGCUGCAAGGUCACGUGUCACGAGCUGUGCCACCUCCUGGGCCUGGGGAGCUGCCGCUGGCUGGGCUGCGUCAUGCAGGGUGCGCUCAGCCUGGAUGAGGCCCUGGGGCGGCCCCCUGACCUCUGCCCCAUCUGCUUACGGAAGCUGCAGCACCUCCUGGGCUUCCGGCUCCUGGACAGGUACAAGGAACUCUAUGCCUGGACGCAGGCUGUGGUGGGGACCUGGCCCAGCUGGGAGGCGGCCGAGCGGUCAGGGUCAGAGGACACGCAGCCCCUCAGCACCGACUCGGGGCUGGGCAGCGAGAACGACUCAGAGGUCCUCACCAGCCUGUCGGAGCCCCUGACACCUGACGGGGGGGCUCCUGAGCUGGAGGCCACAGAGGGGCCGAGCCCAGCGGUGGACCUGGAGGGCCAGGCACCUCCGCCCAGGGGCCCCACUGAGCCCGUGGAGGCCCUCCAGGAGCAUGGGCUCUGGCUGGCUGCCUGCAUCCGGGCCCUGGAGAGGGAGGUGUCUGAGGAGGAGCUGGAGCGGCUGGACCAGGCUGUAGAUGCUCUGUCCCGGUGGGAGCUGUUCACUGGGCAGCUCCCCACCAGUCGGCAGGCUCUGCCCAGCAGCCAGGACUGCUCGGGGCUGCGGAAGGCCCUGGGGGGCACGCUGUCGUCCUGGAGGAGGAAGCUCGGCUCAAGGAAGCUGGCCAAGGCAGAGUCACCCCCCUGCCACUGGAGGCAGGAGGAGGAUUAGCGGGGCAAGGCCAUCUGUCCAAUGUGGAAGGAGCCAGGGUCCCCUGACGGUGGCUGAUAAUCACGGUUCAGUGACAAGGGCCCUGCAGAGCCCCAGGGACUCAGGGACCCGUCUUCAAGAGAAGCUGGUGGAGCCAUAUCCUGAAAUGGCUCUCAUGCAGCCCUGGGUCCCACCCACUCCCUCCAAGGCGCAGCCCACAGCCUGCAGCAUGGCCUGCCAGCUCCCAAGGUGGAGAUGGCCCAGGAGUCCCUGGGUCCAGCCCCAGCCCCCACAGGAAGCCCACGCUGGUGUCCCUCACUGUCAGGGUCUCCUUGUGGGCGGGACGGAGCCCCCGCCCUGCCUGCUGUGGCAGGGGAAACAGCAUGGUUCUUUUUUCUCCCGGGCUGAGGCUUUGGGCCUGCUGAGUGAGUCCCUGUUGUUAUUUAUAGCUGGGGGCUCAGAGCUGCUGGGACAGGAGGGAGCCCCAGGCACUCUGCUCUGCCGCUGCAAACUCUUGGCUUCUGAGGCCAUAAAGGGGUCUCAGCUCAAAGGAGGAGCUGGGUUUUGUUUCUAUUGAAAAUUCUCCCACCUUAAAAAAUCAAAGGGCCACUUUCUGUGGCACUCCCAGCAUUCUGACCCUUCGGGACUUCACACCAGGCAUCUCAGUGACCAAGAGGCCCUGGGUGGGGCAAAUGGUUCAGUGCCCAGCAGCUAAAUGAAAGGUUGGAGGUUUGAACCCACACAGAGGGACCUCAGAAGAAAGGCCUGGUGGCCUACUUACGAAAAAUCAGCCAUUGGAAACCCUAAGGAGCACAGUCUUACUCUGACACACGUGGGGUCACCAUGAGUCAGGUUGACUUGAUGGCAACUGGCCCGUUUCUCCAAACAAGGUGCUGGAAAGGAGAAUGUCCAGUCCCCAGGAUUGAAGGGGCUGUAAGACACAGGCCCUUCUCCUCAUUCCGGAGGCUGCUGCCUGCUGGGACUUCCGGAGGUAGAAAAACAGUUCAGAUCUUGGGAGAGUCUUCGGAGGAUCCUGCCUGCAUGUGAGGAUCAGCUGGGUCAGGGUGGUUGGCUAGUGCUCCAGUCAUCCAUGUCUUUACUCAUUUUUGUCUAGCUCUCUCAGUAGCUGAGCAAGGGCCGUUAACAUAGCCACCCAUGACUGUGGAGUUUCUUUUCUUCCUUUAGUUUUGUCAAGUUUUGGUUCAUGUAUCUGAAGCUCUAUUAUGUGGAGAAGGAGCUCUAGUGGUGCAGUGGUUCAAGUGCUCGACUGCUAACUGAAAGCUCGGCAGUUUGAACCGACCCAGUGGCUCCGAGGGAGAAAGACCUCGCGAUCUGCUCCCGUAAAGAUUACAGGGGGGACACACCUUGGGGCAGUUCUACUCUGUCCUAUAGGGCCGCUGUGAGUCGGGAUAGACAGCACACAACCACACACCGAAUUAUGUGCAUAUAUACUCAAUUGCUGUUUCCCUGAUGAAUGGACCCUUUUAUCAUUAGCAAAUGUCCCUGUGUGCCCACAAUGGCAGGGGCCCAGGGAGAGAAACUUCUGGCCUGACAGCAGAGUUCCUGUGGAGUGAUGACGGUGGGCAUCUCGGGCGUAUUUUUGCCCCUCAUCUGAAAGAGGCAAGAACAGGGCAGCUGAUACAUUGUGGAGGUAGUCUGUACAAUUUGGGGGACCCUCUUUAAGAAAAACUACAAAAUAUGUGUAAAGUGAGAAGGGGCGCAGGCGAGUGAGAAACGCUACUUCCUUAUAACUGCCUCGUAACGGUCAGGAGAGCUCGGUCCCAGUGCCAGCGGAACGCAAAGGAGGUGUCCGAAUGUAGGGAAGCAAAGACGUGGCUCAGGAAUCGAAUGGUUACCUCAAGUCCACAAUUCUCCUUGGCGUAGCCUUGAAGCGGCAUUACAGUUGCCCAGGAGGUGACUGUGAUGGAGUUAAGGGGAGAAGACAAAGGGCAAGGUCUUUCAGGAAUGAACCCAGGGAGGAUGUUGGCAGAGAGCACAAUAAAACAACAGGAAUCAGAAGGCCAGUGUCCUGGUUAUCUAUUGCUGUGAGCAGACCACGCAAAAUGUAGUGGCUUAAAACACCAACAAAUGUUCGUUUAGCAGCUGGGUCUGUUUUAGGCAGGGCUGGCCAGGGAAGGUGUGUCCCUGCUGCCCGUUUAGGCCUGGGAGAUGUGCCUCCAAGAUGACCCACUCACAUGGUGGGCCAGCUGUUGGCUGGGAGUGCAGCCGGGGCUGAGGGCUGGGGGCCUCCGUUUCCCUCCACAGGAGCCCCUCUGUGUGGCUUGGGCUCCCUCACAACAUGGCAGCUGUGUUCCAAAGGCAAGUAUACCCCAGAGAGAGAGCCAGGUGGAAGCUGGAUUGCCUUGUAACUUAGCUUUGAAGUUUAGUAGCAUCACCCCCGCCGUGCUCUAGGAAGGAAGUUGCAAAUGCACACCCAGGUUCAAGGGAGGGGGCAUGGAUUUCACCUCUUAAUGAAGGCAUAGGAAGGUUCUGGAAAAGCACGUGAAAUGGAACACCUUGUGCCAUUUCUGAAAAACACCAACGGCUCCAGUCGCUGCUUGGGUUGACUAUCACACCUGCUACGUGAUCUUACUUCCAAUUUCCUUUUCCUGUCUUACGCAAAAAACUAAUCACGGGAGUAAUUUAAGAUUGAAGAGAGGCGACAAAAACAGAACAGCCUGGCUCCCACUGAGGCUGGGGGCUCCAGGGGGGCUCUGCACAUGCCUCGGAUGGUCACUGCCAACGUCUCGGUACCGUCCAUCUGUGCCCGUGCCCUCUGGCUCCCAACUGGGAUGGAUGUGCAUCCUAAAACAGUAUUUUGAAGUGGGAAGGGCAAACAAUAAAAACAGAACCAUCGUCCACAGCUGGCACCAGCUGCAGAUGGAGCAACAUUUUUUUAAGACAGCUGCAGGGAGGGAGGCUUUGAAAAGAAAACUUUCAGGGACAGAGAUCAAAGUUUCCUUCCUCUGCUCAAGUAUUAACUCCAGGUUCUGCCUAUGAUGGCAGCCAAGAGUGGGUUGGAAUAGUUAUGGGGGGUUGUGGGGGGAUCAACCAGGGAAGCGGGGAAGAGGGAUAAUGAAUGUUAUCUCUUCUAGUAAAAUAACAGUUCACAAAUCUUCUGGAUUCUUCUAGCCCGAGACAUGAUACAACUGAGCACCAUAAAACAGAGUUGAACUGAGAUAUUGGCAGAUAAUGGUUUCCAAGAAACAUGGGCCUAUGGUUGUUUUGUUCAUGCAGGAAGUCUACCUUAUUGUUUCUUAUUUCCUUAGCUGUCAAAAAUCCCUGAGAUUCUUAAGAAGAGGUCUUCUAGCUUGAUGGUGGACACCACACCCUUUGGUAGGUUAAGACUGAGGGGCUUGAAUCAAGCUAGCAAGUGUUUUGGGCUCAUGGCACUAUCUGUAUUGCAUUGGUGUGUAACAGGGGGCUAGGGAAUGUACACUUGGCUUCUAGAGUGCCUUAAACACACACAUGCACCUAUGCACAUUCACACACACACACGCACCCACACGCUCACACGCAGGCAUACACCCACACACAGGUUCCCAACACCCACACAUGUAUGUACCACACAGGCACACUCUCACACACGUGCGCACACACACAAGAAAGCUACGUUCUGAUUAAGGGUGACGAGCCCCAGGAUAAUGGAGGCAGCCCCUCUCCUGGCAGUCCUGAUCUCCCCUUCUGCGCUCUCAGUUUUUCACCCUCCUUCCCUCCCCAAAGCCCAGCUCAUCAGAUGAGGGAGAAGAGAAUCAUUCUAAACUCCCCCAGAUUGAAGCUUGGGUAGGAGGAAAGUGGGUUCAGCCCCCAAGCCCUCUAUAUGCCCCACACAUCCAGAACCUGGGUCAGGUGUUGCCCAUUGACACUGUUCCAAGGGACACUGGAUCUAGACCUUUCUGUGAUGAAAAAAAUCUCCAAAAUGGCUUAAAAGAAUAAACAGGCAAUGGUUUAGUCAAGCAACUAAUGUCGAAGCUAGAAGUCCAAAUUUAGAUCGCACCAAGUCAAAAGGGAUGCUGUUGCAUUCCAAGGAGCCCCGGUGGUGCAGUGGUUAAGUACUUGGCUGCUAAAUGAAACGUCAUCGGUUUGAACCCACCAGCCACUCCAAGGGAGAAAGACUUGGUGAUCUGCUCCUGUCAAGAUUACAGCCUAGGAAACCGUAUGGGGUAGUUCUACUCUGUUGCAUGGGGUCGCUAUGAAUCAAAACCGACUCGAUGGCAUACAACAACCAGAACAUAGCGGGAGUCCCUGGGUGGCACAAAUGCUUAAGUGCUCAGCUGCUAACCAAAAGGUUGGAGGUUGGAGUUUACCAAGAGGUGGUUCAGGAGAAAGGCCCGGGGGCCUGCUUCCAACAGGUCACAGCCUUGAAAACCCUAUGGGGCACAGUUUUACUCUGACACACAUGGGUUUGCCACAAGUCACAGUCAACUCGAUAGCAACUGGGAGAGAAUUCCAAAGACAGACAUAUAGGAGGUCUAUGUGCAGGGCCAAGAGUAACACCACACUCAAACCCGACAGGCAAGCACGCCGGCCUCAGCCGCGAGGGACUACCCAAGUUCGCUGGGGCUUGCAGAGGCAAAUCUUCCCCCGUGAAUACAUUCCACCUUCUAAGGAGUCCCUUCUAAGUACCGGGAAGUUUUUUACAUACACCCCCCUCUAUUCUUAAGGCAACAGUGCAUGGCAAUUAUUAUUCCCAUACUACAAUCGAAGAAGCCCUGGUGUGGGCUGCUAACCAAAAGGUUGGUGGUUUGAACCCACCCAGUGACUCCUCAGAAGAAAGACCUUGCGAUCUGCUCCCAUAAAGACUACAGCCUAGAAGGCUCUAUGGGGCAGUUCUCCUCUGUCACAUGGGGUUGCUGUGAGUUGAAAAUCGACUUGAUGGCACAUAACAACAAUAACAACAAGACUGAGGAAACAGGGAUGGGGGGGUGAGGGGGUUGUGUCUCUUGCCCAAGGCUAAAAGAUGGUGGAGCUUGGGCAGUGGAGCUGGGCUUCAGGUCCAGUUUCUCCAACUCUCACACCGAGUUCUUCCACCGUGGAGACCAUCUUUCUUAGGAACGAGACUCAGGGAAAUCUGAGAAGGUGGCGCAAGGAUUUGGGGAUUCCAAAGCAGCCCCCCUCUCCGUGACCCCACCCACCCCAGCUUUACUCCCCAGCUAUAAUCUUGUAAGAUUACCAGGAAGCUUCUUGGCAGCUGCGGCCAUUUUGGGCUCCAGGCUCCCUGGAAGUCUCGAGGAGCAGCCUGGGUGGGUGGCCAGCACUCUUGGCUGAGGAUGCCAACCCAAACAAAGCCCCGAGUUGCUGGGGCUUCCCUGAUUUGUUUGCACAAAGAGGGCGAGUCCUCAACAGGAAUAUUUAUACCCUUUGAAGCGGAGGAUCAGGGCUUCAUGAGGCUGGCCUGCAAACCUGUGCAGGGGCCUGCUUAUGUGUGGCUGUGAGCAAACAGACCUUCCAUGCUGCUACAGCGGGGGCCUGGCCGGCAUCCUGGGAGGACUGGAGGGCACUGUUCCCCAGGAUCUGGGGCUGCCUGGCUCUCUGCCCCCAGGCUGCUCCCCGAGCUGGAGGGUGGAGGAGCCGAGCCAGGGUUUAAUCAAGCUGGGAUUAGUCUUGCUCACGAUGGGGGCAACUACCCACACACAAGAGCCCUAUUGCUAAACCCAAGGAAAUAGCAAAUUUAUGGCCCUUAGAGAAACAGGCCAUGCCAUCUAAACACCGCAGAUAAUCAGUAGGAUA